AUGAAUGGGAAAUUAGUUUCUUCAGUCGUGGCUGGGAAAGUGGUGGUGGUUGCUGUUAAGGCAUCAAAAGAGAUACCAAGGAGUGCUUUGGUGUGGGCUUUGACUCAUGUUGUUCAACCUGGGGACUCUAUCAAAUUGCUGGUUGUCAUCCCUCCUCACUCUUCAAGUAAAAAGUUAUGGGGAUUCUCAAGAUUAACCAGUGACUGCACUACUGGUCACUGGAAGUCCCUAUCAGGAACCCAGUUAGAUCAAAGAGACGAUGUUUCGGAUUUGUGUGCUCAAAUGAUACUUCAACUCCAUCCUGUUUAUGACUCUGAGAAGAUAAAAAUCAGGGUAAAAGUUGUUUCUAGCUCAUCUUCUGGAGUGGUGGCUGCUGAAGUGAAGAAGGCUCAAUCUAACUGGAUUAUAUUGGACAAACAUCUGAAGCGUGAGGAGAAAAGCUGUAUGGGAGAGCUAAAAUGCAAUGUUGUGGUUAUGAAAUGUUCUGGAGCAAAGGUUCUCCGCUUGAAUUUGGUUGAAUCACCAAUGAUGGAACCCCGGAUCCCUUUGUCAUUUCCAUUCGAUACAGAAGAAACUUCAAAAGACUUUGACAGUAAGCAUGAGCAGCUAGAUGUACAGAGAGGGCCAUUUGUGACUCCUGCAAGUAGUCCAGAGAAUGAAUCAUCAUUGACUCCAACAGAUGUUGGAACAUCAUCAGUGUCAAGCUCAGAUCCAGGGACUUCACCAUUCUUUCUCUCAGGCAUUUAUGGGAAUCAGAAGAAAGGGCAUUCAAAUAUUACUGAAGAAAAUUUAAGCCAGUACGAAUCUGAUUCUGAUUCAAAUAGUGAAAAGCUGGCUCCUUCAUCAACAAGAUUAUAUUUCCAGCCAUGGAUGGAUGACAUUCUUAGUUCUAGUGGUGAACUUACUAAAAUUGUCGCGGAGGGUUUCAAUAGAACAAAUGAUACAUCUCUGGCUUCCACAUAUAAGAACUUGCUGGAGAAUUUAUCUAAGCUUGACCGAGAACCUGAUAUUGGAGUGCUGAAUUACAGAACUGAUCAGAACUUAAGCAAAAGUGUCAGGGAAGCAAUUUCCUUGUUCACAAAUGCUCCCCUUGGUGCUCCUCCAUUGUGUUCAGUAUGUCGACACAAGACUCCCAUAUUUGGAAGUCCUCCCAAGUGGUUUACUUAUGCUGAACUGGAACAUGCUACGGAUGGAUUUUCACAAAAAAAUUUCUUAGCCACAGGAGGAUUUGGUUCUGUUCAUCGAGGAAUGCUAAUGAAUGGUCAGGUGGUUGCUGUAAAGCAACACAAAUUGGCUAGUUCUCAAGGAGAUAUAGAGUUCUGCUCUGAAGUUGAGGUUUUAAGUUGUGCUCAACAUCGAAAUGUAGUGACAUUAAUUGGAUUCUGUGUGGAGGAUGGAAGAAGAUUGCUAGUUUAUGAAUACAUUUGCAAUGGAUCUUUGGAUUUACAUCUUUUUGGAUGUGAUCAAGAUCCAUUGAAAUGGUCUGCGCGACAAAAAAUUGCAAUUGGAGCGGCAAGGGGGUUGAGAUACCUUCAUGAAGAAUGUAGAGUCGGCUGUAUUGUCCAUCGGGAUAUGAGACCAAACAAUAUCCUCAUCACCCAUGAUUUUGAACCAUUAGUUGGAGAUUUUGGACUGGCAAGGUGGCAACCAAAUGGAGACAUGGGGGUUGAAACAAGAGUAAUUGGAACAUUCGG